UAGAGAAGAAGGGAGUAAAUUGGUAAAGUAUAUCAGCGGUGCAAAUAGAAUGCCAGCGGUAGUAAACAAUUAGUCAAACUGAGUUCAAUUAGGUCACCCGAGCAAUGGCAGCUACAGGGGGUUCCAUCCAUCUCGUAUCAUGGAGCCAGGAUCUGACCGCCUCGCCCUAAUCUCCGGCCGCAUCCAGUCCCUGCCGCCAUUGAUGCUACUCAACAAGAAGAGGCAGCCUCUAAUUCAUUGCUACCAAAUGAUGAAUCUGUACAAGAAGAAGGGCAGGAGCCUGCUCUCUCUGACCUCACGGUGGAGCCUCCUCCACUCAGCUAUAAUGGCAGCAACAUUCCAUCUGAAUCAGUGGCCUUACAUGAUAGUACCAAUGAAGAACCAUCUCAUAUCCCAUCAUCCGCACAACAAAGAUUACCAACCUGAGCAUACCCUGUUUACACCCGACCAAAUUAGAUCCGCUGUUGCAGCUUCAGAGAAUACUCGUAUGUUUUGCUCUAUAGCAGCUGCUGUUUUAGUAAUCGCAUCAUUUGUGGGAGUUCCUAUAGUUGGCCUCCUAGGCAUCAUACUUUUCAGACCCUUUUACCUGCUUUUGUUAACGAACAUAACCGUUGUACUCGGUCGCCUUAUUGUGGGAUCGAGAUCGAGGAGGAGGAGUAAUGCUGGUAGGAAUGAUUUGGCUGAUCAACUGGGGAGAGCUCUGGAGUUGGGGCUGCUAAUGAAGAAAAUUGUUGGAGCAGUGUCUAUGGACUUCAGUAUCUAUGCAGUAGUACAGAUACUUUGGUGACGUAAUUAUGCUCGAUAAAACUGUAACAUCAAAUUCUUUUGCUAAUUGUAUUGUUUUCAUAUCAUUAUAAAUCUAAUUUUCAACGUUGUUUGAAAA